AUGUCGGACAUAUGGUGGACCACAGAGAAGGGCCUCUUGCCCAACUUUAUCAAGAGGGAAAGAAUAAACCAGACCGAACCUUUUUUCGUCGUGGCCAACCCGGAAGGUGUUGUCCUGGAAUUGAGCUAUGCCGACGUCGACAACGCUGCCAACAGGGCGGCCUGGUUUUUGUCCAAGAAUUUAGCCCAGGAUGAAGAGAAGUUCUUUUACAUGGGCCGAAUGGAUUUGAGAUACUACAUCUGGGCGCUGGGAGCUAUGAAGGCUGGAAAAUGCGCUGUAUUACCCUCCCCCAGUAACACGGUCAACGCGAACCAGAUGCUCUUUAAAGAUGUUGGCGCAAAGACCAUGUUCUACAGUAGCGAGAGUUUCGAAAUGUUGGAAGACCUCCACGCUGCGACCAAGAACGACAUGCGAUGGGUUGAGGCACCAAAAUACGGGGACUUCCUGGGCAAAGACAGAGUCGAGGAUUUCCCUUUCACGUAUACCUUCGAGGAAGUUAAGAACAAGCCAUUUAUGGGCCUGCACACAUCCGGAACCACUGGCCACCCCAAGCCAAUCUACUGGACACACUCGGCCGUCCCCGUCUUCGCCUCCCAAGCUGACCGCAGCAUCCGGCCGCCUGGCUCAUCUCAAGAGCUCGUGUACGAGCAGCUUUGGGACAAGACAAGGCUCUUUACAUCCUUCCCAUUUUAUCACGCUGGCGGCAUGAUCGCGUUCCUGGCAAGUAUGACUGUUGGGGCAAAGACAGUGAUCGUCCCCGAACCAGGCACCCGGCUCACGUCCGAGAACGUGGCCGCGAUCCUGCAGAUCACCCAGCCCGACUGCGGCAUGUUCGCACCGUCGAUCCUCGAAAACAUGCUGAAAUACCAGCCGGGCAUGGACGCACUGAAGAAGAUGAGGCACGUCGCCUACGGCGGAGGACCGAUGAACCCCAUCUCGGGCAACAAGGUGGCCGAGGCUGUACCGCACUUGGUGAACUUCAUUGGCUCGACGGAAGCCUCUUUGUAUCACACGGAUGCCUCGACCGACAACAAGUACUGGAACGCCUUCAAGUUCAUCGAGAUGGGCCAGCGGAUGGAGGAGACCGAGCCCGGCUUGUACGAGCUCGUGUACCCUCGGACGGAGCUGAUCGAGAAGACGCACCUGAUCUUCCACAGCUACCCGGAUCUGAAGGAGUACCGAACCAAGGACCUCUUCUCGCCUGUCGACGACAACUCGGGCUGGUGGGUGUACCGCGGACGGGCCGACAACUGGAUCGCCAUGAGCAAUGGCCUCAAAUUCGACCCCAAGAACAUGGAAGAUAAGAUCGGAGGGCACCCGGAUAUCACCGCCGUGAUGCUCGCGGGAGAGCGCCGCUUCCGUCUCUGCCUGCUCAUCGAGCUGGACGAGAGCUGCUACCCAGUCCAGCCCUUCGAGUCUGCCGAGGCCGAGUCGAGGUGGAGGCAACAAGUCCUGGCCAAGGUGUGGCCGACAAUCGACGAGGCGAACCACGAGGCGCCCAAGUUCGGCCGCGUGCCCAAGGAGCUUGUACUCUUCACCAAGAAAGACAAGCCGUUCUCCCGGUCGCCCAAGGGUAGCGUUCAGAGGCGACUUACUCUGUCGUACUACCAGAAGGAGAUCGAUGACCUGUACACCCAGUCUGAGCAGGGUCUUCUGACGAGCGGCCUGCCGCCUCUGAAGUCCACAUCCGCCGAUGACCUGACUCCAUUCCUCAGGCAACUGUACGCGCAGACCCUGGAGCACGAGAACCUCGGCCCAGACGACGACGCCUUCGCAUUCGGCAUGGACUCCUUCGCCGUGGCGUCCCUGUCCUCCCGGCUAAAGGCAGCCCUGAGAGCCUUCGGCACGCCGGAACACAAGCUCGGCCAGAUUGGCAUCCGGCUGAUGUACACCGCACCCACGCCCCGGAAGAUGGCACAGAGCCUGUCCAAUAUGCUCUCCGAGACGAACGGCGCCAGCGGCGACGACGGCGCCAGCGAGGCGGCGGAGAUGGUGGACAAGUACGAGGCCGAGGUGAAGAAGCUCGUGGAGAGACGAGUACAGCAGAACGGACUGAACGGGCACUCCAACGGCUACGCGCCGGGCCAGGUCGUCGCCGUCACCGGCACGACGGGAUCUCUGGGGAGCUACCUCCUCGCAACCCUGCUCGCCAGGCCAGACGUGAACAAGGUGAUCUGCCUCAACCGCGCCGCCGACGCAAAGGAGCGACAGAUCAAAGCGCUGAGCUCGCGCGGCCUGCCCGCCCUCCAGCCCGCCAUCGACGCCGGCCGCGUGGUGUUCAUGAAGAUGGACGUCGCGGCGCCCAAGCUCGGCCUCACAGACGACGAGCACGCCCUCCUCGUCCGCGAGACGACCUCGAUCAUCCACAACGCCUUCCCCGUCAACUUCCUCAUGACGGUCGCCCAGUUCGAGCCCCAGUUCGCCGGCACGCUCAACCUCCUCGAGGUCGCCCUCAACGGGAGGAGGCACCCGUCCUUCCUCUUCAUCUCCAGCAUCGGCGCCUCGGUGCGCAGGACGAGCCCCAGGAACCCGGUGCCCGAGAGCAUCUUCGACCGCGACGAGGCCAAGGACCUCGCCCUCGAGGGCUACGGCUCGGCCAAGUUCGUCUGCGAGCGCAUGACGCACCAGUUCACCGUGUCGUGCGCCGCGGCGAGCCUCUCCUCGGCGGCCGCCGUGCUGCGCGUGGGCCAGGUGUCCGGCCCCCUGGCCGGUGGCGGCGCGUGGAACAUCUGGGAGUGGCUCCCCUCCAUCGUCGCCAGCUCCAAGUUCCUCGGCGCGGCGCCCGCGACGAUCGGCCAGAAGGUCGACUGGAUCCCCGUCGACGAGCUGGCCAAGAUCACGAGCGACCUCGUCGACGCCGUUGAGAGGCACAGGGAGGAGGCCGGGGUCACGCCCGUGUACAACGUGGUGAACCCCAAGGUCACCACGUGGGAGAAGGAACUGCUCCCUGCCGUGAGGAGCCUCACGUCCGAGGUUGUGCCCCUGGAGGAGUGGCUGGACCGUCUCGACAAGACCAAGGACACGAGCGCGCAUAUCCUGGACAAGAACCCCGGCGCGAAGCUGGCGGACUUCUACAAGGUUUUCCUGUCGACUGAGGCUGCCAUGAACUUCGCCACGGACGAACUCGUUCGCGACAGUCCCACUGCGGCGAGCCUGGGUCCUAUUACGCAGAAGAAUAUGGCAGGAUGGAUCAAGACGUGGGGAUUGUAG